UUUAUCCCCAAAAAACCAUCAGCUUGGAGUCCAGUCAACGUCGUUUGUUCUUCUAUGUGCGACUAACAACGCGUUUAAUUAUAGAAAAACCGACGCGUUUUACCUGUACGCUCCACUUAAAGGUUGCAGUGUCGCAAGAUGGAUGGAUGGGAUCCUCCUCAUCUCAUCUUCGCCGCCGACGUGCAAGCAACUUGGAUCCAUCAUCGCCUUGCAACUGAGAUCCUCCUCAUCUCAUCUUCCCCGGCCUCCAGAAGAAGAUCUCGUCCUGUAAGCUUGCUGGUGGAAAACAACCACAAUAUGGAUAUUAAUUUCCAGUUGAUUCAAACUAUUACAAACAAUUUUGCAGAGGAUCAGAAGGUUGGCAACGGUGGGUUCGGAGAUGUUUACAGGGCAAUUUAUAAAGGGGAAGAGAUUGCCGUGAAGAAGUUUCACCCCUUGCAUGGACUCGAUGAUAAGCAAUUCGCCAUCGAGUUCUGCAACCUUAGUAAGGUAUGCCAUCAAAAUGUGGUGCGGCUAAUUGGCUACUGUUACGAGUCUCGGCACAAAUACACGGAGCUCAAGGGGGAACUUGUUUUCGGACAAACGGUGGAGCGAGUGCUCUGCUUCGAAUAUAUGCAAGGCGGAAGCCUCGAUAAACACAUCAAUGAUGAAUCUUGCGGACUUGAGUGGCCCACAUGUUACAAGAUUAUCAAAGGGACUGGUGAGGGACUCAAUUACCUGCACAGCUUGCAGGGAAAUCCUAUUUUCCAUCUGAACUUAAAGCCUGGUAAUAUUUUGCUGGAUAGAAGUAUGACGCCCAAAAUUGCAAAUCUUGGUGUGUCAAGACCUGUUGCUUCAACAGAUAAUCACGACGGAACACUUGGGUUCAUGCCACCGGAGUUCGUUGAUGGUGGCGAUAUAUCAAACAAGUUUGACGUGUUCAGUUUGGGCGUCAUAAUGAUAAAAAUACUCGCUGGAAAUAACGGCUAUUACAGAUGUUCUAAGAUGUCCCCCGAACAGUUUUUUGAGCUUGUAACUGAAAACUGGACGAAAAGGUUGCAGACAAUGAUGAGCUAUGCAUCACUGAAAGAGGACAUCCUACGAGUGAGGACAUGUGUUGAGAUUGCAUUAAGGUGUGUCGCCAUGGACCAAAAUAAAAGGCCUACCGUGAAGGAAAUUGUUCAUGAACUGGAGGAAGUCGAAGCCAAUAUCACAAUAAUGUCACACCUAACUGUGCAGACAGGAUCCGAGCGACACCAAGUGUCGUCACAACAUUUGAAUGAUAUCAGAGAAAAUUUCUCAAGGGAAUGAAUAAUUGCUAAUUGAUGUUUUGGUGUGGUAUAUAAGGUAUAAGGUUAAUGUGUAUAUGUUUUCCCCCUCAAAUAUGCAACCAUACUAUUUUGAUAUAAACCAAUAUCCAUAUAAACCAAAGACUUUAAAUAGGGACUGCUACAAAACGGGGAAGUGGUUGCAGUGAAGAUGCUUGUGCAGUCAACACCAAAAUCACAGAAGCAAUUUGAGAAUUUGGUUGAUCUUCUUAUGACACCGAAGCACCCAGAUGUAGUGUGGUUGUUGGACUACUGCUAUGAAACAAAACCUUUCCUUAUGCCUUAGAAGGGCAAAGUCGUUCCUACUCUAAACAUUGAACUCUUGCUUUUCCUGUAAUGUAUGCCUAAUGGUAGUUCUUGUUUAUCUAAGUUUCAUUAA